UUGGUAGAAGGAUGCUGAGUACAGCGGAGAUACAGCACCAAGCUAAGAACACGGCACAGGAGAGAGUUUGGGAGCUGCAAUGUAAAUAUCUGUACAUGAAAGGGAUGGUUAUCCCAGAGUAAAGGUUCUGCGUGUGGAGCUUACAGUCAGCAGCACAUUGCUCUCCUGCUUUCUGCGCAAUGAAGUGUGGACAGGGCUGGCUGCACUCCAAUAUUCUUCACUUUGCCAGCUGGAUGAGGCCCUCACCUCUGCUCUCCUUCCUCAGUCUCUGCACUCUCAGUCACUCGCAGAAUGUUGCAGGGAAAGUGCUGGAAAGAACAAUUGGAGAAUGGAUGCGAUAUAGAGAUGACUGCUACCGAUGGAUGACAAGGACCCCGCAUCCUCAAGGGCUGCACUGCAACCGCACUUUUGACAUGUAUGUCUGCUUACCCGACGGGACCCCCGGAGCCGUCAUCAGUGUGCCUUGUCCUUAUUACCUUCCUUGGUUUCAGAAAGUAAAACAUGGACUGGUAUCUCGGCGCUGUGGGCUGGACGGUCACUGGGAGAUGAUCAACGGGACACACCCUUGGAUGAACUCGUCACAGUGUGAGGAUGAGAUGGAGGUGACCAGUGACGAGGUGGGGACAAGGGACUUAUUGCUUAGCUUCAGAGCUCUGUACACUGUGGGAUAUUCCGUGUCACUAAUAGCACUCUUAUCAUCCCUGAUGAUCCUCACCAUGUGCAGGAAGCUGCGUUGCACCAGGAAUUACAUCCACGCCAACCUAUUCUUCUCUUUUGCUCUCCGUGGAAUAUCUGUAAUCACUAAGGAUAUUUUGCUGGAGAAGAGAUGGGGCAUGCAGACCACUGAGGUCUCAGAUUGGGAGAUUCUCAUUAGCAAUGAGGCUGCAAUUGGAUGUCGCACUGCGCAGGUUAUUAUGCAAUACUGCAUCCUGGCCAAUCAUUAUUGGUUUGUGGUGGAGGCGGUCUACCUAUACAAGCUUCUUAUCGGUGCAGUGUUCUCCGAGAAGAACAAUUACACUAUAUACCUGUAUCUCGGAUGGGGGACUCCAGUUUUGUUUGUGGUUCCCUGGAUGAUACUGAAGUAUCUGAAUGAAAACAAAGAAUGCUGGGCUCUGAAUGACAACAUGGCAUACUGGUGGAUAAUCCGCAUCCCCAUCCUGCUGGCCUCUGUGAUUAACCUUCUAAUCUUCAUGAGAAUCUUGAAAAUGAUUUUGUCCAAGCUCAGAGCCAAUCAGAAAGGUUACGCUGACUACAAACUGAGGCUGGCUAAAGCAACGCUGACACUUAUUCCACUAUUUGGCAUCCAUGAGGUUGUGUUCAUCUUCGCCACAGACGAGCAGACGUCAGGAAUUCUACGCUACAUGAAGGUCUUCUUCAACCUCUUUUUCAGCUCCUUCCAGGGAUUUCUUGUUGCGGUGCUGUACUGCUUUGCUAAUAAAGAGGUGAAGUAUGAGAUCCAUAAGAAAUGGCAGAUAUGGAAAAUGGACGGGACGGCCGUGCUGUGCCACCAGUGACCUAUCAGUCAAUGUGAG